AAGUUCUUCACUAAUUCUCUUAUUUUCCCAUUCCAUUUGUAAAACAACUAAUUAGUCCUUCUGUGGAUGUGUAUAGAAAUUACAGCGAGUGAUGAUUUCAAUCUUAGUCUUUUGUCUGUACCUCUCAAGAUUUAGUGGGCUUCAUGGGUUAAGUAUGAAUUAUUAUGGAACGAGGGGCCCAAUGGUGGAAAUGAUGGUGAGGAAUACAGUCAAUAGAGCUUUAGAUUCUGAUCCAUCUCUUGCAGCUGGUCUUCUCAGAAUGCACUUCCAUGACUGCUUCGUAGAGGGUUGUGAUGCAUCGAUUCUGCUUAACUCAACAAAAGAUAACACAGCUGAAACAGACUCUCCCUCAAAUUUGAGCCUGCUUGGCUAUGAAAUACUGACUUUCCGUUUACCUUAGGUAAUGGACUUGGACAGAAAAGUUAGACGCGGCAGGGAGCGCCUAGCCCAGGAAGUUGAAGUUCCACCAGCUGCUCCAGUCUCUAUGGAGAAAUCUGAGCAGCUAUCAUUGCUGGAGGAGAAGAUAAAGAAGCUUCUUGAGCAAGUGGAGACCCUUGGUGAAGCUGGCAAGGUGGAUGAAGCUGAGGCACUCAUGAGGAAGGUGGAUUUGCUAAAUGUCGAGAAGACAUCCUUGACGCAACUGCCACAGAAUGAUAAGCUCUUGAUUACGCAGGAGAAGAAGAUGGCAUUGUGUGAGAUAUGUGGUUCUUUUCUUGUAGCAAAUGAUGCGGCAGAAAGGACACAGUCACAUGUGACCGGCAAGCAGCACAUUGGUUAUGGCAUGGUCCGAGAUUUCAUUAGCGAGUACAAGGAGGCCAAGGAGAAAGCAAGGGAAGAAGAAAGACUAGCUAGGGAGAAAGAAGCUGAUGAAAGGCGAAAGCAGAGGGAGAAGGAAAUUGAGAAUGGAAGUAAACGAAGCAACUCCCGUGAGAGUGAUAGGUAUCAUGACCGUGAACGAGAUCGAGGGCGAGAUAGACACCGUGAACGAGACUGUGACAGGGAAAGGUCAACAGAAUGGAGUGGCAGAGGUAGUAGGGAUGGAGGAAGAGGGAGAGACUGGAAUUAUAACAACCGGAGAAAUGGAAGAGAUGCAGACAGGGGUCGGUACAAUGACAGAAAUGGAAAAAGGGAUAUCUCUCGUGAGAGGGGUUGGGACAGAAGCAGGUCCCGCUCUCCUGUUAGGCAUGGUCACUAGAGGUCAUCAAGGAGCUUAGUCGGGCCUAUAUUGAGGUCGGACUUUGUAAUUAGAUGACCAAGUUUGAACCUAAAAGAGGUAGACAUUUUCUAUCUCAUACAUCUAAAUAUUUUAUUUUGUGAAGUUUCAAGUACGAAUGUAGUCGGCAACACUUGAUUUUGUUAUCUCACACAUCUGUUGAGACAUUAGUCGGGCCUAUACUUGAGGAAAAAGGGAUUGAGGUAGGUCUAUUUGUGCUGUCAACUUUAAUUAUUUUAUGUAGGUAUGAGUUGAGCUAAAUAGUUUUGCAUGGGUUCUUUAUGGGCAUACUUGUUGUGGAGCACUUAUCUUGCCCAGUGUUGGUAACAAAUGUCCCGAGUAACUAGACAGCAGGUGGUAGACUAUGGUGCGUCAAUAAGGCUGCUGCAGAGGGAGAUGUUGGUUAUUUCAAACUUUAGCAAGGUAACCCAUAAAUCUUGGCUUGUACACUGUUCGGAUUCACAUAGUGGGAAUUUUGCACUUAUCUAGCUGCAGUUUGAUGUACUUCCAAAUUUACUCCUGCUUGGUGGCAGUUGUCAAUUUGCUACUCCAAACGAAACACUUGGAAAUGCGUAUCCCCACCCUACCCACACCCACACCUGACUGCGAGAUGGUAGAUAGACAUUGCUGCUGAUUACUGUGUUUUAUUUUAUUUUUUGAAGCGCGCUGAAUACUUAUUAUAUAAGCAAUGUCAUGCAGAACUUGUGGAGCUAUGAGUUAGACCUCUGUUUUCAAUGGUGUUUGUUUUGCAGUUUAACAUGUCAGUUGUCUUCUUCGAUUUUUCAGUCCACUAUUUUUUAUUUGUAAAUCAUUUACACAAUAUUUACUUUGUUCCACAAAUGGAAGUCUACCGGGUGCCCUCUA